GUGAUUUUUACUUCAGGAUGGAUCUUGCGUAUAGCAACAUACAUCUUUUGAUAAGAUGCUUAGGAAACGAGUCUUUGCUGCAGCCUCUGUGGGAAAGCCUGAGGCUCAACUACAGAGACUAUUUGAGGUCUCCACUCUUUCCCGUUCUUCUGACCGUGUCCUCAUACUUUGUCUUGUGCCUUCCUUUUCUUGUUUGUGACAUCAUAGGAGACAGGUGGGCAUGGGUCCAGCAAUUCAAGAUGCAACCCGGCCGUCGGCCAACAGCCUCCACACUGCUGCACUGUGCAGGCGUCACCCUGUACAACCAUGUGUUUCUUGUGCUCCCAGCAUCAGUGGCUCAGUGGGUAUGGAGGCCACCUGUGGACCUGCCUGACCAGGCUCCAUCUCUGCUGGAGCUGACAGCCGGAGUUAUAGGCAACCUCCUGCUCUUUGACUUCCAAUACUUCAUCUGGCACCUGCUCCAUCACAGGAUCCGUUGGCUGUAUGUCACUUUCCAUGCCAUCCAUCAUAAUUACUCAUCUCCCUUUGCUCUGGCCACUCAGUGUCUUGGCGGUUGGGAGCUGGUCACGGUUGGCUUUUGGACCACCCUGAACCCUGUGAUCCUGAGAUGCCAUCUACUCACCACAUGGACCUUCAUGGUGUUGCAUGUCUAUGUUUCCAUAGAGGAUCACUGUGGCUACGAUUUCCCCUGGUCCACAUCUCGUCUGAUACCAUUUGGCAUCUAUGGAGGGCCCAGCAAACACGAUGUGCACCAUCAGAAACCCAACACCAACUUUGCACCACACUUCAGCCACUGGGACAAAAUAUUUGGCACACAUGCUGAUUUCAGCUUUAUUACUGCUGUGAGAUAGAAGGCUGUUACAUUAUUGUUAGUAUAGUUAGAGAUUUGCGUUUCACUUCAUAUGUGGAUGUAAAAGCAUUCAAGUGUGAAGGAGUGGAAGUAGAAGAAAAUAUUUAAAAAUGAUUACAUUAUUUCUAAACAAUUUGUCUUACAAACUGAAGUAUAUUACAGUAAUUAUAUUUAGAAAAAAAAACAUUUAGUAUUAAGAGUGACAUGUGUGUCUUAUUCAUUUAUUUCUACCUUUCCACUCUUCUUAUCUUGGUGUAGAAGAAUAAUUGUGUUUCUGUGUGCAUGCUUUCUUGAUAUGUAUGCUCUUUGUGUAAUAAAUGUUUGCUCACAAAAAUGUGAUGUGAUUUUUCUUGUGGCUUUAAUGAUGACGACAAAAUCUGUUCAUCGUAUCUACAGUAUGUGCGCAACAUAAAUAAUGCCUAAAUGCAUCUGUCUCCUGUGAGCCUGGUUUCUCUACUUUGAAAGUGAUCCUGACCUUCGGACAUGGCUUACAUUACGUUCUUCCUCAUAUAAAUAAUACAUCCUCUGAGAUACUUUUCCACAGUGUCAUUUAAUCUAUUUUUCUUCUCAAAUAGUUUCACUUCAUUGUGUUUUUAGGCCCACAGACAACAUCAUUUGAAUAUAUUUUAUUUUAAAUCUUCAUUGCAGAGAUGUCAUUCAUUGUGCACAAUCAAGCUAUAUGUAUAGAUCAUAACAAAGUGCACAUAUUGAUGCUUUUGUUACCUCUGACCCUAGAUUAGUACAUUUCCCUUCUUAUUUUUCAACUAUUUAUCUCUUAUCUGUAUUAAUUUUUUGAUACCAGUAUUGUUUUUUUGAGGUCAUGUAGCCUAAGUGAUGAUCCCAGACUAGCACUGCUACCCAAAUGUUUUAUGAAUGAGGAAAAAGCAGGUUAAAGUCAAAUUAUAUAUUCUGCCACUAGAUGUCAGCAAAACGCUCUAAUUGCCAUUUUCGUCUGAAUUCAAUCUACUUUUUAUUUUCAAUAUUCAUCUUUAACAUUUCACUGUAU